CUCAUGGAAACCAGGCCGGGGAGCGGCGCGGAGCGGCCGCGCAUCCGUCGUUCCGCUGAGCUGCCCCCAUCCGCUCGCUCGUUGUUAGCUCUGCACGAGUACUUCGGGCCUCCACCCGGAAAGGCGAUAUCACAGUUUAUCUUACAUUAAAGUGACAUUCAGAAGUGUAGAUUUGUUUCAGCUCUUCAGAAAGCUGUAAUCUGCUAACUUGUCUUUCUAGACGUACUUUAUAGCUAGGUAUCAGACUGAUGUGUUUCCUGUCCUGGGUUGCACGCAUUGAACAUUUCAGGGGGUUUGCUUAUCCAGAGGUAGCAUCUUGAAAAGUUCUGAGAGACGCAAUGAGACUGAAACUUCUGGGCCUUCUGACUAGAUCUGCCUGUGUUUUAGCAGAAGCGUAUCGGUGCCAAAGCUUUAAUACUAUUGGAUGUCCGUUAUCCAAACUGAGCGAUGAAGUGGACAGAAGAAUCUUCAGAACAGCAGACAAGAUUUGGAACUUGUAUUCUCUGAAAACUGAUACCCCUUGUUUGACCAGUCAGUGUGUCCAAGUCAAGAAUUGGCAGUUGCUGCAAGGAAAUAUAUCAGCCUUAGGAAAGAAAAUGCAUUAUCAGAAUGGAGGGACAUUUUUUCCACCCUGGAAAGGUACUGGUGCAGCAGUGAUGGAAAACUACAAACACAAUCCAGCGUGUACUAAAGAGCUUAGAAACAUAUCAGCAAGAUGCUACUCAGUUGUAUCAACUGGUAAAAUUAUUCCAAAACAAGGUAUCCAGCCUGUUAAGAGGCCACCAAAGGCACCAAGGACCAAGCAGCCAUCCAGAACAAACCAGCCACUACUGGCUGAUAUACAGAAUCUGAUGCAGUGCACUGCCUUUGCAACAGCAGAUGAGUAUCAUCUUGGUAAUCUCUGUCAUGACCUGACUUCACAUGGAUAUGUUGAAAUAACAAGUUUGCCUAGAGAUGCUGCAAAUGUUCUGGUGAUUGGCACUGAGAAGUCUGCGAAAGAUGAUGAUGCUGGCAUGAUAUUUUUCUUCAGGGAAGGGGCUGUGGUGUUUUGGAAUGUGGAAGAGAAAACUAUGAAGAAUGUCAUGCGAGUGCUAGAACACCAUGAAAUUCAGCCAUAUGAAGUUGCAUUAGUGCACUGGGAGAAUGAAGAGAUGAACUACAGGAAAGGAGAAGGGCAGUCAAAGCUUCAUAAAGGAGAAAUCUUAUUAAAUUCUGAGUUGGAUAUUGAUGAAGUUGUUCUGCAGAAAUUUGCCUUUUCGAAUGCUCUUUGUCUUUCUGUAAAACUGGCUAUUUGGGAAUCAUUACUGGAUAACUUUGUGGAAUCUAUCCAGUCAAUUCCUGAGAUACUAAAGUCAAGAAGGAAGGUGAAACUGUCUCAUGCGGAUGUAAUGCAGAAAAUUGGAGAACUCUUUGCGUUAAGACACCGUAUAAAUCUGAGCUCAGAUCUGCUUAUAACACCUGACUUUUACUGGGAUAGAGAGAAACUGGAAGAGCUUUAUGACAAGACCUGCCAGUUUCUCAACAUUAAUCGCAGAGUUAAGGUAAUGAAUGAAAAGCUUCAGCACUGCAUGGAGCUCACCGACCUAAUGCGGAAUCACUUGAAUGAGAAGCACACCCUGCGCCUCGAGUGGAUGAUAGUGAUCCUCAUCACCAUAGAGGUCAUGUUUGAGCUGGCCAGAGUCAUUUUCUGAACAAAGAAGAGGCUAAGGAAGAAGAAAACUUGCAGAAUUCUUAUGACAAUAUUCCUAAAUUCCUGUCUACUGUGAUUGUCCUGUGCUAAAACUCCUGUCUAUUGUAAAUUGCUGUAAAAAAUACUGCAGUUGUGCUUUGUGGUAAGCAUACAUCUCCUACUCAAAUAAAAAAAUGAAUCUAUGGA